CAAUACUGACGUCAAUCUUUAUGAGAAUGUCUUCGCAGAUAAGUAAUGGUAGGUCUGAACAAACAAAGCAGAUAUUAAUGUGAUAAUAAUUAACAUAUCAUUUUGUCCCUUCAGGUUUGGGCUCUAAAUUAUCUUCAGGUUGUUGCACAAAUGGUCUAUUAUUACCCAGCAUUAAGGUCCCGCCAGUCAGUAGGGUCAGGGUUCAACUGGAGAUGCAUUCACUCUGGCAACAGUUUGAUCAACUAGGCACUGAAAUGAUCGUCACCAAGGCCGGAAGGAGAAUGUUUCCAACAUUCCAGGUACGAAUCUCAGGAAUGGAUCCUGCUUCUGAAUAUGUUCUGCUCAUGGACUUUAUUCCUGUAGAUGAUAAAAGAUACAGAUAUGCUUUCCACAGCUCAUCAUGGUUAGUGGCCGGUCGAGCAGAUAUCGCGGCUCCAAGCCGUAUGCACUUCCACCCGGACUCACCAGCUCGUGGAGCCCAGUGGAUGAAGCAGACUGUGUCCUUUGAUACUCUCAAGUUGACCAACAACCUGCUUGAUGACAAUGGGCAUAUGAUACUGAAUUCUAUGCAUCGCUACCAGCCACGUUUUCACGUCGUAUAUGUGGAUAGAGCGCCCAACAGCCAUUUAAAUGCCCACAGAAACUUUUGCUCCUUCUCCUUUCCGGAGACACGCUUCAUGGCAGUCACUGCCUAUCAAAACCACAGGAUCACUCAGCUGAAGAUAGCCAGCAACCCAUUUGCUAAAGGCUUCAGAACAACAGACACACAGGAUUGGGGUGACAUUUCGAAGACGAUCGGAGUGUGGCAUUCACCAGAGGAAAGGACUGAUGUCACGAAAACAGUCAGGAAUAGGGAUGUAAAAGAAUCAAAAAGUGAGUCUAAAAAUAUAUUUCUACUGUACAUGAUAUUUAAUAAUAAUACGCUGCACAUAAUGCUUCAUCAUUCAGCGCAGGAGGUUUCACAGCUCAUGGAGCACAGUGGAAAUUACUGCAACUUUACAAAUGCAGUGGUAGCAAGCAACAAUGGAGACAUUGCUUUUGGAACACCAUCUUGCUUCCUCAACCCAUUAUCUUCUUACUGGGACUGUGCCAGAUCGAAUCAGAGCAACAACCAGUUGUAAAAGGAGAAGAUCAGUUAUUGCCACAUAUUCAGUUGUACAUUUGCUUACAUCAAGUUGCGGCAUAGCCUAUGUCGCAUAGGCAGUGUUGGGAAUAACGUCGUUAUAAAUAACGCCGUUAUUUUUUCAAUAACGGGGUAAUCUAACUAAUUAUUUUUUCCGCCUUUACAACGCCGUUACCGUUACUGACGGUCAAAAGCGGUGCGUUACUUACUUUGAAUAAAUUGAAGAAACUAGCAGCCGUAGCGAGUCUACUCUGCUCUGUUUAUUUGUCAUCCAAGACUUAGGGUGCGUUCAGUUUCAUGGCAAUGAAAACAGUAAACAGACAUAGCCAACCUUUGCAAGAACGAUGGAGUUGCCGUUUGAUACAGUCAUAAUGUGCAGGUCCUGCACCCAUCCGCAGCAAAACUGUUCGUAGCUUUGUAGCGAUUUGUAAUUUCAGAAUCGCUGUUUAGUAACAUACAACAAACAUAAAUACAGCAGAAUGUCCAUUUCGCGUAAUUGUGGAAGCCCGUCGACAUCUUUACUACAUUUGUCUUCGGCUUGCUCGUAAGGGUCAACAUUGUUCACAUCUUUAAGUUUGAUCACAUAUCUGUUCUUCGCCUUAGUAACGAGUUUGUCUCUUUAUCGAACUGGCCAGUUAAAGUUUAAUGUCCCGCAAGCCAGACCUGCUUCCAGUAUGGCUGCGUUGUUGUCAAAUCUCACGUGAUCCCCCAUUCUGUGAAGUAAACGCUCGAGCCUAAUAGCGCACGUACUUCAGAGCCGGUGUUUUCACACACAAACCAAAACAGCGCGUGCGGCAAACACACACACGAAAAACAGAUGCAGAGGGAUAUGAUGGCAGAGCAUUCAGAGGAAAAUUUGUCCUUUACGGAGUGGAGAUACAAACACUAUUUCAAUUUGGUCGAAAUUAAAGGAAAGACGUGCAUGUAAAGUGUAAUUUAUGUCCCGGGGCAAAGCUUUUGUCGACAUCUGUGGUAAGUAGAGAUGUCCCGAUCCGAUAUUUGGAUCGGAUCGGAUGCCGAUAUGGGCAAAAAAAUGCGCAUCGGUAUCGGAUCGGAACACGGGAAAAAUUCCGAUCCAGACUUCCGAUCCAGUUUUUUUUUUUUAAGUCCGGUCCGGGUUUUCCAGCGCACCGAUUUACAUAAUCCAUUCCAGUUUUUGCUUCGGUUUCCCUAAAAUCCGGUCCGCAUUUUACGGCACACCUUCAACACACCAUAUUUACAUUACCGUCUCCCAAUUUACCGAGAGACUUUAUCAGUAAAAAUGUCAGCUGUGUGGGAUCAUUUCACCUUAAAGGACGACAAAGACGAAGAGGCAGAGUGCAACAUAUGCCACAAUAAAGUCAAGCGUAGUGGUAAAGCUGUAAGAAGUUUUAAUGCAACCAACCUAAUCAAGCAUUUAGUGAAAUACCACCACAAACAAUAUGAGGAGUAUUUUAUGAAAAUUGAAGACAAAAAGAAAGGUCCUACACAACUAACACUGGCAGAAACCUUUGCUAUGCGUGACAUACUGGCACUCGACAGUCCCAAAGCCCAGGGAAUAACAAGAGUCAUUGCCGAAGAAUUCAUUCUGGAUGACGAGCCAUUAUCUCACGUGAGUAAAGACGCACCAUCCAACACGCGAUUCGGCUGCAUUGCGUCCCGAAAGUAAACAUAACUUGUCUUAGACCCGGGUAAUGCCAAUGCUCAACUCACGGCUUUAGCUCAACUCAUGCUGCUGGAUAAAAAACACAAGAAUACCUGACUUCUGCUGACAGCAGCAACAAACUACGUCAACGUCGUUUUACUGGAGAUAAUAGAUAUCAUAUGUAUAUAGAACCAGAUGCUACACGACAGACUCGACUGCGUUAGCAACAUUAAAGUAUUGAAAACCAGAUGCGUUAGUAAACAGCCGCCAUCUUAAAGCAGAAGACUCCCCUAGUAGGCUGUUGUGUACCUUCCAAGCAAACCUAAUUAACUUUUUAUCUAAAAUACUCCUAAAUUGGCAAAAUCUUGACUUGAAUCUAUCUUCAAAACAGUUUUAAAACUUUUACAUGUCGAAAAUAGACAGAAGGGAAAUUAUGGAAUAAUGGGAGCAAUUUUAAACCCUUUAACAGUUGAUUCGCAAAAUUAAAUGAAUUGAAUGUAGUUUAAAGCUGCUGAUACAGAAUGGGGACUUGAAUAUUUUAUUUACUGUUUUAAAAUGUUAACUUGAUACUGAAAUAGUUGUUUAUUUAAACCUGAGAGGCUUUUUAUACAAUUUUUGUAACUAAUGCACGAAACAUUAAAAGCAUCUAAUAGCUUGGGGGAUUUGUGGGAUUUUCCACUGAGGUUGUUUGUGUGUUUUGCUUUUUUAAGACAGUUUACAAUAUAAUUUGCACGCUUUACUGACUGAUUAUGCCAUUUCUGUUUGUUAUUUAUAAUGUUUUGUGUUUGUCACUGAAUAAACAGGUCAGUUUCUUGUUACCAACCGUUGUGUGUUAUUCAAACUCACCUAAUUCAGCUGGCUAGUUGUUAUCAAGGGUACUAAAACCUUUUUCAACAUGAGUCUGACAACUAAGUAAGGAGGCUAAAUAACUUUAAACUUUAACACAUGCUCAUCGGUAUUGGCCAGUAUCGGUAUCGGAUCGGAAGUGCAAAACAAUAUCGGUAUCGGAUCGGAAGUGCAAAAACCUGGAUCGGGACAUCCCUAGUGGUAAGCAAUUCAAAUCUGUUUAUUUUUGUUGCAC